UUUACUUGACCGAAGUCUCAAGCUUCCAUUUUAACACUAAAAAUCCCGUACAACAAUACCAUCAGGCAGGACGAUGGUGAGACGGAGAACAAUGAGAARAAUAGUUUUGGAAUUACUGGUGGUGUUAGGAAUCCUCAUUUCGGGAAUCCAAACGGCAGACGUUGUCGCUGAAGCAGAUGACAUGGCAAAACGAAUCGAAGAAGAGAGCAAGAAAGUCGAGGACCAAAGCAACGCAAUGGCUUCUGAAAUAGAAGCUAAGGGCAGGACUAUAGAGGAUGCUAAUCAAGAGAAAAAGUUUGAAGAAGCAAGUAAACAUGUGGAUGACAUUAUGGACGAGGGCGUGGAAGAAGUGAAUGACAAAGAUAAUUUUGCUGAAGAGCUUGAAAAUGAAGCGGACAAAAGGGUCGAUGAACUUGGGGAAAAAAUAGAAGAAAUUAGCAACCAUGGUAAUGGUAUCUCCAGAAAGAGACGUGCUAUUGAUACAGUCAUCAAGAGCUUAGAAUCUAAACGAGAUAUAAUGGCAUCAGCGCGCACUAAAGAAAACCCAAAAACGGAUGAGCCAGGGAAAGCCAAGGAUAAAUUAGAGCCUAGUAAAGUCGUAGUGUUAYCUGACGUAGCUAUCCGAGGCACAGACUCUAACAACAUGCAGAUCAAGGAGUUAAAAAGCCAAAAGUCUCAUGGAAUCUGGCUAGCAGUGCACAUUCCUGAUAAUGCUACAUCUCCCCUUAGGCCAGUAAAAAUACUGUCUACAAAGAAGGCGGCAGAAGAUUUAGAGAAAAUUGUUGGCCCUAACAAAGAGACAAUGUUUAAGGAGCUUCAGUCUAUAAUUGGAGUAGAUAGUGCAACGUUAAGAAAGAUGCUCAAAGCUGGACAAAUUGAUGGAAAAAGGAAUAGGAAAGUACACAAGGUUGAUGAUGAUGAUGAGGACGAGGAGGAGGAGGAAGAUGAAGACUCCGAUGGAGAGAGUGACGAAGAUGAGAAAGAGGAAGAAGACGAGGAAUCUGACAGCGGGGAUGAUACAAAGUGUCAGGAUGAUGAAGAUGAAGAAGAAAGUGAGGAAGAAGAAGAAGAGGACGAGGAGRACGAAGAUGACGAAAGACAAGGGAAAAAACACAAGAACAAACAGAAUCAAGAGAAGCUAAAACAUCAAUCCAAACAAACGGACAAGAUUACCAGUAAAGCAGGUAAAAAACCUAAUCGCGGUAAAAAAUGUUCCGRAAAGGAGAUGCUACCUUGGAUCUUAAAUGACGGUGGUAGCGGAGCAGAGAAAAACAGUAGCGCUGUCUUGCAACCUGAAGGACWUGAAGCACCUUUAGCUAACAUGCUGAAUAAGAUACACGUCCGUUUGAAAAGAAAAAAGGCAUGCAAGCACGCAAAGAACCCAAUUAUAAAAGAACUGUGCAAACAAAUGUAUAGACACCACAAACAUCCUCGACCGAAUUGGAACCAACCCCGAAGACAUCUACGCCUUUCUCACAACAAGUACUAUAGACAUCUGAAGAGACUAAUGAGAAAGUUUCUCAAUCGCCACUCUGGGAGACAGGCACACCAAGUUCUGCAGUAUAUGAAUCUACUUCUGUCUGAUCAACUACGUCUUUCACCGGAUGGAAUCGUUCAUCUUUAUCCAAAUGUCAAUGGAAAAGCGAACAAUUAUGGAGAUGGGUUCAAAGCCCUCGCUGAUUAUAACAGUGGAACAAAAAAUACCCCACCAUUGGAACCUCCAGUCAUGGAAGAUAACAUGUUCAAUGGCAAUGUKAUUCGGGUACCAGUACCAGGAAGUACACGCGGGACAACCACGCCCAAUGUUGGAAUCAUAUCGAAUUCACAGGCAAAUGUAUUGAAUAAUCAAGUUAAUACGAAACUUGGUGACCCUCAUUCSUCUGAAGGUGACACACAGAUGCAGAUGCUGAAAGAGGAACUAGGAAGAGCAAACGAAGAGCUCCGAGAGCAGCAGAAAGAAAAGGAACGCGACGAUGCCAUCUUGGACAAAUACAUGUUCAAUUUUCAGUCAUUGGCUGAAAAAGGCCCAAUCAACGCAUUUAGUGGAAUGCAGAAGGAUGCCGAACAGCGAGUAAAUGGUCAGCAGGUUUCUGUGAUAGACCCAAACCAACUUUCACUCAAAGAAUCACGACUACCCAUCAGAAACAGACCUGAUAUUCCGUCGCUAGGUGGGUAUGUAGGAGGACAAUUUAAAGGAUUUACCCGAAGAAAUAGAAUUCAAAAUUAUCUUAAAAAUAUUGUAAAACGAGUACAAUUCCAUCAAGAGAAAAAGAAGAGUAAGAAGAUGGAAGAACAUUCUUGGAGUGUGAAGCAUCACUGAAGACAGCAGGCAGUUUUGAAUUUGAUCAAAAUAAUGUACAAAAUAAUUUAAUAUCAGACAGAGUAUUAGAAAAAUCUCAUCCUCGGGAACCCAGGGGUAAAAUUUUGUCGCUGGUUUUGAAAGAAUUUUACCCCUGGGUUUCGAGGACGGAUAAAUCUAUMAAACAAAAUCUAAUUGACAACAAUAUAAUUAAUAUGAUUGUAUAGUGUCUAUAGUACCUGUAUGAGUUAUUUUAUGAUUUUAGUCUUCAAGUGGACCGUGAAACGAAGUAUUAUUACUGUAAUGUUCACAAGACUAUGCUUUUCACGGGAAAUCAUAGUCCUUUUCACAGUGCCCCCCGCGCGAAAUGUGAAAAAUAGUCYAAGCCGAUGUUCGUCAAAAAGGUCUCUAUAAGAUCAACGUGAUCGUCUCACUUCGACAAGGCUACCUUUCAAGAUGCACAGGGAACUACGAAAGGGACUAUUCUUUUAGAUGUUAUUACUCGUGGGUUACGUUUUCAUUCUGAAAUAUAUGCUGUGAUAGGCAUUACUGAUUAGAUAAAACAAACAUGUUAUUUUAUAUAUAUAUAUAUGUUUUAAUUUUGAUUGUUGGGGAUCUAGAGGAKGUUCAUGGGGUGCUUAGAAUUCCUCUUGCCCAGUAGGAAACUAACUCAAAAUUUUUGAGAUCCACCGCUCGUUAACUAACGAUUUUCUUGUUGCUGUUUGUUUGUUUGCUUGUUUAUUUUCACCUUGCUAAU